AUGGACAAGGGCGGCGGCGGCAAGGGACAGGGCCUAAAUAUAGGUACAAAAUCAUUCAAUCCCAACGCACCUGUCUUCAUCCCCUCCGCUUACAUUCAAACGCCUACCGUUCAUAGUGCCAGGAAAACCGACAAGAUCAAGUCGUCCAAGUCCAAAAAGAUACAUUCAAAAUCGAUUCCACAAUUUGCCUCCUCUCAUGUGGAAUCUAUCCCAUCUUCCAAGCUCUCUCAGUCACCACCCCCCCAACCACCAGCACAAAUACAAACACAAACUAAAACAGACGCCUCAACCCGCCCCAAUGAAAGCUGGCUUAAUACAAAUGCUCCUGAAUUCAUCCCAAGGCAAUACGACCCAUCCAGACUUUUCGAAGGUACCAAAGGUGGAUUCCACCACCCAUACUACCCCUACCCCUAUCCCUAUAGCUACCAGCAGCCCAUUCUUAUGACACCGCCCAUACCUCAGCACCAGUACACUAUAGUUUCCCAAGGAAAUGAAAGGCUUGAUCAAUUUUGCAUCUUCCAGCAACCAUACUCCAUGUGCCACCACUCUUCAGGUUCAACAGACAUUGUCAAUUCUCCAGAAAAACCUUCUGCCACUACCAGCAACGCCCCUCUUGUCUCUACCCAAAGCGACUUAACCGAUUCACAAUUAAAUUGUAUUAAAGGUGACUUAAACAGCGGAUCUGACGCGAAAGAGGACAUAACUGAUGCUCUGGAGCAGCUAUCGGUAAUAAAAUCUGAAGAGUCCAUAGAUACAGGCAGUGAUCUUCCCAUCCAAGAUGAUAAGUCAUCCCAGAUAAAAUUGGAUGAGCAACACAAUAUGCAUGAUGUUGCCCGGGCCACAGAAAGUACUGUUGAUAAUGAGGCUGAUACUGGAGCAAAAGACCCCCCAGAAGAAGUUUAUGAUUGUACAUUUGAUAUUUUAAAUAUGAUAGCAAUCGGGGCAAACUUGUACAGUAUGAAUUUGUUGAAGAAACCUUUCAAAUUCAUGGAUGCUAAAAUAACAAUGCAUGAUACCAAGAAGCACAGGGAUGAUACCAGAUCUUCUAGACAUGAUAAUUACGAAAGUAAGAAGCUUUCCGGCUUUUUCAGCUGUGAGAGGUACAGUGAGAUAGAUUUCGUGAGGCCGGUACAGGAGCAAUUGCCAAAGCCUUCUGAGACCAGUUGGGUUGCUAAUCAGAAACUCCAAAAGGCGGACGAUACAAUUGCACUUGUUAGAAAGGUUAAGGGGUUGCUAAACAGAUUGACCUAUGAAAAAUUCGACAUCAUUUAUACCCAGCUGAUCCAGAUUGGGGUAUUUACUAUGGAGCACUUGAGACUCCUAAUAGAUGUCGUAUUUGAUAAAGCAGUGACACAACAUCACUUUAUAUCAAUGUAUGGUGAGUUGUGUUCCAAGAUUAAAAAAGACAUUGUUAUUGAGGGGGAGGAGGCGUCGGAUGAAUCUGAAAAAAAUAAUAUUGUUAGAAGGUUGCUGUUGGAUAAGUGUCAAAACUCAUUCGAGUCAAAUUUGAAGCCCAUGGUCAUACCACCGGAUUUGAACGAGGAGGAGUCUUUUGAGGCUGAGCAAAAGUACAAACACAGGAUGAGAGGAAAUAUGAUGUUUGUUGGUGAGCUGCUGAAGCGGAAGAUCCUCGCCGCAAAGGUCCUAAUCGCAUGUCUUGACCAAGUAAUGCUUAAGCGGGCUGAGUGUAUUGUGGAUGGGGAUAUUGACCGUGGUAAUAAUCAUUUGGAGGCUAUGUGCACUCUUCUCCAGACCGUGGGCAAGAGCUUUGACACUUGUAAAUGGAAGCAUUUGCCUGACCUUGACAAGCACUUGGAAUCACUCAAGGUUAUUGGAAAAGAUGAUAGAGUAUCGUUUCGGAUUCGUUGCAUAAUCAAGAAUGUGUUGGAUUCUAGGAACGACAGGUGGGAGGAUAGAGGCGCGGCGAAGAAUGCAGAGAUCCCCUGCAAAUUGGAGGAAUUGCGAUCUAAGGUCCAGGCGGAAACAGAAAAGAUCGAUAGAUCUAGGGGCGCUAAGACGGACCGGGAUAACCGAGACAUUCAUAGAUUUGGCAGGGGGGUCAAAUAUGAGCGUACCCGUGUCUGUAAGACUGAUAGGGGGGAUGCAGAUGCUAAAGCUGCAGAGGCUGAAUUUUCCAUGUCUAAGGACGUAUUAAAGAGGAGGCUUAAAAGCAUAGUAUCUGAACUUGCAUUUUCUAGCGAUGUUAACGAGGCCAAUGAGUGUAUCGCCGAACUUAAGAUACCCGAUUCCAAACACAAGAUGAUGUUGGUGAUGUUGUUUGUCGGAAUCGUGGAAAACUGCGCCAAAGUAACAAUGCACAAGGAGAGGAGGGUGGUUCUUUCCUGGUUCAUUACUAUCGCACGAAACUCUCUGCAGCACAGCAUUGACGAAUUUUUGAAUGGGCAUGAUGAAGAGCAACACAACUAUUCCUAUCUGUUGGAAGAUUACCCUGUGCUCCCUACAAUCAUGGACGAAUUGUUCACUUACAUCAAGGACUCUGGUGCCGUCAAGGAGCAGGUGAUCGCCAACUGGCGUGACUCCAUUAAGAAUCUUAGCCUAUAA